AUGGCUGUUGUGCAGGCACGAGUGUCCUCCGCGGCUGACGAACGCUUCGGCGAUCGAGACCCGGCCUGGCACGAUUCGAGUCGCUUGGACGCCGCCGAGCCGUUCGACAGAGCUGGGCCGGUGCGACUGGAGCGUCUACGUCGAACUCGUCAGCACCAGCUCCGGCAGAGCGGAGAAGGCCGCUUUGUUGCCAGCCUCUGUUUCCGGUUCGUUGGACGACUCUGCUCUCCUCUGCUCUCCUCUUCUCUUCUCUUCUCUCCUCUUCUCUUCUCUUCUCUU